UGCUGAGAAACAAAUAAGAUAAUUUAAUUUUAUUAUAUUUUGCACUUGACACAUUUUAUUGAAAUUAAUAGAAAAACAAAGGUAUGCAUAAAUUUAAUGUGACAUGUUUUAAUUAUUGCGAAUUUAAAACUUACAUGAAAAAUUAUAUGAACACUAUAUUUGAUUAUCUAAUUAUUCUAAACUAUAUUCUCAUAUGAAAUAAUGAGUGGAAAAAAGUUUGCAUUUGUGUUUUCCGUGCUUUUCCUCGUUAUUUCGUUAUCGAAAUCGCAGCAAAGUUUUACCAACAGAGAUGAUAAUUUGACAAUGCGAUACGAGAUAAUAACAUUGCGACAUGAUUUGCAUAAAAAUUUGAUGAACCAUACACAAAAUGAAGAAAUGCAGCAUGAAUUUUAUAUGAAUAAUAAACGCGAGGAUAAUGAUUUGAUUCAACAUAAACGUUACAAGCAUUCAGUGCAGAAUAAAGAUGAUGAGCAAAAACCGAUGAAAUCUAAUACGAAUUCGACAUAUGUCAAUCAUAAAAGAAAUUUCAUGCCGGGGGAUUUUGAAUUGACAUUCAAUUAUUCUUUUGACGUCAAAUUGGAUUACAUCUUCAACAAUAAUAGUAAAGUGUUAAAUUUCGUCUCAAACGAAAUGUGUCAUAAUGAUACUUGCAUUCGGUUCUGCUGUUGGCUUGGCUAUCGUCUGGUUGAUGACAACUGCAGUCCUGAAGAAUUAGAAAUCAUUUUUCCAAAGGUAUACACGAACGAUUCGACGCAGAGCGAAGAGAGAGUGAACGAAUUGUUUGACCUGGGCUUUUAUGAUUCGGGAUUCCCUUGCCAAGAAAAUUACUAUCUGCUUCCUGAAGGUUUUCAGUACGAUUAUAAGAUUUUUACCAACGGUUCUAUAUAUUUACCUUAUUAUGAAAUAUUUGUUGAAUCGUCAUCAUAUUGUCUCGCCGUCGUCAACGGGAGUGAAUUCCAAGUGAUCUACUGUUCCGAAACUUAUGACAAGAUCAAGGAGAUAACUGAUAAUGAUGAGCUUUUGAAUUCUGACGAUAUGUUGAAAAUGAGUGCCGAUAUAGUAUCUAUAUUACUUUUGGGGUCAGUAUUUCUGGUGUAUUCCAUAUUGCCAGAACUCCGAAAUAAACACGGCUUCAUAUUGCGCAAUUAUAGCGGUGCCCUGACUGUUGCAUACGGAAUUGACUUUGUGUAUAUUUUUAUCAAAUUGGAUUUACAGUAUCCCGUUUGCGUUACAAUAGCCAUUUUAAGAUACUUUUGCUUUAUGGCGAGUUUCUUUUGGUUAAGUAUAAUGAGCUUUGAUAUGUGGUGCACAUUCAGAAAAUUAUGUUCGUUACAAAGAAACGUCAGACAACGAGAAAAAAGAAAGUUGAUAUAUUAUACGAUCUUUGCGUGGGGAUGUCCCUUUAUGCUUGCUAUUUUCUGUGUCAGCAUGGAUAUUCUUUCCGAGUAUGUAAAUGUACCACCGAUUUUGCGACCGGAAUUUUAUUUAUAUUGCUGGUUCAUUGAGACUGGUCCGUAUAUGUUGUAUUAUCAUGGGCUCAGAAGUAUAUGCAUUAUCUUUAGCAUUUGUUUCUCUAUAUCUACGGCAUUAAAAAUUGCGCGUUACAAAAAGGAUACGAGUCUUCGUCUGAAAAAUUCGGAGAGCAAGUGCUAUAACGAUAAUAAAAAAUGGUUUAAUCUAUAUCUGAAGAUAUUUAUUGUGCUGUUUAUCGUAAUAGGCAUACGAUGUCUUAUGAUAACAGCGGAUGAAUUUUCUGGAAAUGUAUCAAAUUAUAACUGGUAUAUUAUUAAUUUGUUGGACAUUAUGCAGAAUCUAUGCACCGUUAUCAUCUUUGUGUGGAGAAAAUAGAUCAAGUGCAUGUUAUUCAAGCGAUUCGCCUACGGUUUGUUGCCAAAAGCUUGACACGGAUCUAAUGCAACAUUGUCGAGUAUUAUUACUACGUAAAAAGAAAUAGUCAUACAAGUGAAGAUGAUUUCUUCCGGACAAACAUGAAGUUACACUGAUAUGAUCGAUCUUCAAUUUUAUUUCAAAAUUAAAGUCAUGUUUAUUUAUGCUGAUCUUUAUGUUUAAGAUUAAUAAUUAUAAUUCAUCCAUAUUUUUGGAUUUCGUAGCAAAAAC